AUGAAAUUGUUCUUCUUCGGCCUGGCGACUUUGGCGGCGGCUUCUGGCGAGUGCGAAGUCUGCGAGACUUUCCUCGGCAAGGUCGAGAAGGUGCUCACCGACGAGAACAUCAGUGACAAGGGCGAAAUCGAGAAGAAGCUCCGAGCCAUGUGCAAGGAAGCCAAAGAGCAGGACAACAGAUUCUGCUAUUACACGGGACUCACGCCAGACGCUGCAACCACCAUGCACAAGUCAAUCGUGGAUCCAAUGUCGUUCAAAAAGCCGGUUCAAAAAAUCUGCGCGACGCUGAAAAAGAAGGACGCUCAAAUCUGCGAUCUCAAAUACCCGAAGCCAUACGAUUACAGCGCCAUCAACUGGCAAAAGAUCAAGGUGAAAGAGUUGAAGAAGAUUCUGACGACUUGGGGCGAAGUGUGCAAAAACUGCCUGGAAAAGGACGAGUUCGUCUCGCGCGUCAAGGAGCUGAUGCCCAAGUAUGUGCCCAAAGAGAACUGGCCGGCUGGCGUCAAAGACGAACUGUAG